GGUGGCCGGCACUCGCCAGGAUCGUAGGGUUCGCGAAAUCUGCUCUUCCUUCUCUCUUCGUUCCGUCUCGUCAUCGUUUACCCUCGAUAAACGUUUAACAAGUGGUUCAACUCGAGAAAACAUACAACGUCGAUCUCCAGGUUGUUCGAAAGAUGGUUGCGUGCGAUUAAAUGAUCGCGAAAUUCGUGAAAUCGAAUUGGAAAGAAUCGAAGGAACGAGAUUUUGAACGAAGCGCGGCUUUCGAAAAAAGAGGUCCAUAAAGGAAGAAAAUCUAGUGAGGGCACCUGCGUGAAAACAUCGUGGCGAGUAUGGCGAAGUGGGACAGUUCGGAAUCCGAAUAUUCGGAGCCUGAGGAGUCAAAUGAGUUAGGGGCCAUCGUAAGCCCCGAGAUCUGCGCGAUGGACACUGUGGACAGUGCGAGCAAGCGGCAAGCUACUCGUGUCUUCAAAAAAUCCAGCCUUAAUGGAAAGAUCACGGUAUACCUCGGGAAAAGAGAUUUCGUCGAUCACAUAACUCACGUCGAUCCUAUCGACGGGGUGGUGCUGAUCGAUCCGGACUAUGCCAAGGAUCGCAAGGUUUUCGGCCACGUGCUGGCCGCGUUCAAGUACGGGAGGGAGGAUCUGGACGUUCUCGGGCUGACCUUUCGAAAGGAUCUCUACUUGGCGGCCGAGCAAAUCUAUCCUGUGGUGGCUGGCGCCCAACAGAGGAAGCUGACGCGGUUGCAAGAGAAGCUGAUCAAGAAAUUGGGGAGCAACGCGUAUCCUUUCUAUUUCGAGUUACCGCCUCAUUGCCCUGCGUCGGUCACGCUGCAACCAGCGCCAGGCGACACUGGGAAACCGUGCGGCGUCGACUACGAAUUAAAAGCGUUCGUAGGUGAGACGCAGGACGACAAACCGCAGAAACGAAACUCGGUGCGGCUCGCGAUACGGAAGAUCAUGUACGCGCCGUCGAAGCAAGGCGAGCAGCCUUCCGUCGAGGUGAGCAAAGAAUUCGUGAUGUCGCCGAACAAGCUUCACCUGGAGGCGUCGUUGGACAAGGAGCUGUACCAUCACGGCGAGAACAUAGCCGUGAACGUGCACAUAGCGAACAACAGCAACAGGACGGUGAAAAAGAUCAAGGUGUCGGUGAGGCAGUUCGCGGACAUUUGCCUCUUCUCCACGGCGCAGUACAAGUGCACGGUGGCCGAGGCCGAGAGCGAUAUAGGGGUAUCGCCAGGAUUCACACUGAGCAAGGUCUUUUCUCUAAGGCCAACGCUUGCUGACAACAAAGACAAGCGAGGUCUUGCUCUAGACGGCCAACUUAAACACGAGGACACCAAUCUCGCAUCUAGCACAAUGGAGGGGUGCCCGGUGGGGCCAGGUUUCACGCUGAGCAAAGUGUUCUCUCUGAAACCGCUUCUCGCCGACAACAAAGAUAAAUGGGGGCUUGCCCUCGAUGGCCAGAUCAAAGACGAGGACACCAAUCUGGCGUCCAGCACCCUCGUGGUGGAUCCCUCGCAACGCGAGAAUCUCGGGAUAAUCGUCCAGUACAAAGUUAAAGUGAAGCUUUGCCUCGGAGCCUUGGGAGGCGAAUUAGUUGCGGAACUGCCGUUCAUCUUGAUGCAUCCGAAACCGGAAGAAGAGGAACCAGCGCCACCCACGGCGCGGCCCAGCCCGACGCAAAAGACGGAUAGCGAGAUACCGCUUGACACAAAUCUGAUUCAAUUGGACACGGAGGCUGACGGCGACGACGACAUCAUUUUCGAGGACUUUGCCCGUCUCAGGUUGAAGGGUGAGACGGAUGCCUGACUACGUGGAUCCAACUCGAUCGACCUGUUCGACGCAACCAAACGUAAGAUCUUCCAGAACGGCGCGACCCAGCUGAUCCUUUAAUUCGACGAUCAUUAUCUCGCUUUGGGAAAUGAUUGAGUGAUCGGUGAUAAAAUGGAACGUCGAUUCUUCGCCCCAAGGAUCGAAGAUCUCUUUCGUCAUCGCCGGGACAACUAUCUCAACUUUUCUUUCGAUGAAAAAUAUUGGUCAAAUUCAUCGUAGUUAUCUGUUGUACACGGGACGACACCUAUGGAAUGGUACUAAUCAAUCGCACAGAGAGCAAUUAACGCGCACCUCGUUCGACUCAUCAGUGGAGGAAGAACAUUUUGGAUCGAUCACGAUUAAAAUCACGCGGGAUAAAGUAUCGUGUUUACGUUUUGACAACGUUUCGUUUAUGGCUGGAAACGAUUCGGGCAUCGAAGACUGAAAAAGAUAUCGAAUAAAACGAUAUAUAUUUAGCAGUAACGGGAUGGAGGAGUGCAUCUUUGGAGAUGCGAUUUUCGACGAGAUUUAACCAGCACACAUGUUUUUGUUUUAAUUUUAAUCACAUGGCCAGUAUGCAGAAUUUUUCCUAUUAAUCGCGUUUUCAAGUGUGCGUUUUUCAUGCAGAGAGUCCGAAAAAAAUGUUCUUGAGAAAAAGGGACUGAUCGAUUUCAUUGCAGAAAGGAAUAUUAUUCGUUUCGUUCUCGUGCUAUUGCUAGUUUAAUAAAAAUCCUUUAAGUUGUUGAUGAUAAUCACACUCUUUCCUUAUUGAGAUAAAUUUGUGAAAGUUUUAUCAUCCUUCCUAUAAAUAUUUUUCGUUUCAUUAUUGUGUGAAACUUUCAAUUUUAAGAUUUUUCGUUGAAUAACAUUUAUGAAAAGUAACUAUAAGCUUUUCUCUUCUUACAUCGUGUGUAGACUACAAGAUCGGAUUGAAUAUACAGUUUCUUAUCGUACAAACGAAUUUUUUGCAGUGAAAAAUUAAUCAAUCGGACAGUUACUAUUUCUUGACAAACGUUAAAAUUAUCUCGCUUCGUUGGAUAGAUAGUUUUGACCGCAAAGAUGAUAAACCAUCAUCGAAUAAUUUCGAAGAUCUCAAGAUGAAUUCUCGUUUUAACGUAUUGCUCGAAUCGUGUGACUGCGAUCUUUUAACAACGAGCGUAUCACAUCUUUUAUAAAAGAAUUGUACGAUAAUUGAAAAUUAAACAAUUAUUCUAUGUGAGAUAAUAUGUUGAUCGCUAAAUGUGUCUUUGUAUUUGACGUUUAACACGCGAUCAGAAUGAGAUUCAAUGAGAAUGUUUCUUUUCAAAGAAUUAAGUAUCGAAGUGUGAAGUCGUUUUCGGAUUUUCUUUCCGAAAAGACAAGAAAAAUUCAACGAAUCCUAAUUAAACGUUAUAUAUAUAUUUGUUAUAUAUAUAUAUAACAAAAAAUAUAUUAUAUAUAGAUAAAUAUGUAUACACAUAUGAAUACACGUAUUGUACACACCGAAUUAUGCAAACUUUAUCGUCACAACGCUUAACGAUAAAUCAACCGAUUAUUAAAGGAAAAAAGAAAAAAAAACGAAAAAGAAAAGAAAAAAUAGAAAUAAAAAAAAAUAAGAAAAGAGAAUUAUGUAAAAUUUCAGCAGUUUAGCUUUUACACGUUUAUACCGACAUCGAGAAAGUAUUGGGUUUUUUGCAACACGUUACUAAUCGUACGAUUUUUCUAUUCCUUUUUUAUGUAUCACAUUUUUUACCGAAUGAAACAUUCUAGUGCCAUCUUGAAUACACAUUCUGAAUUAUCGAAAAUUCGUUUCUUUGCGAACAUACUUGAAAUCGAUCCAAUUCGUUACUUGCAUCGUUUACUGAAGAAUGUUUGCAAAAAUUGAAUCGAUCGUGUAACACUUUGAUGGGAAUAUCGAUUCGAGUGAGUUUUUUGCUACAUCCUUUUACGACUUACGUUCACGAUGAAACGGCAAAAUGAGUCAUGGAAGAGUGUACAGUUAGUCACAUUAGUAUUUGGAUCUCGUUUCAUCUACGAAUCCGUUAUUUUAUUAUAUUGCUUAUCGUAUAGAAAAAAAUAUAGGCUAGUUAUUCUGUGAAUUUUUUUCCCCCUACAAAGUUUAUAAUUUUUCGUUUCUUCGUCAUCUUCUCGAUACAAAAAUUUUGUAGUUGAAGUUGAAGCGUCUGAAUAUUAAUGCAAGUAAUUGUACAUGGAAUAAUUCCAAGCGUAAAUUGAGACAAAGGGAUCAUUCCAGGUGUAUGUGAUUAAACGGUAUGCCUUUAAGAGCGAGGUAUCAAGUAUUUUCUAAAUGGCUGAUCAAUGAUUGACUAUCGUAAUAGAAUCCUUUGGAUUAAUCUCGCCGAUCUGCGAUUUAGAAGAUACUUUAUAUAUGUGUUGUAUUAGCACGAAAAUUAAAAAAAAAAAAAAGAAACAUUAAUGCGUCCGCUGUCAAUUAAUUAUUAUUUUACAAAUAUCAACAUCGAUGACAAUUUCACGAAGGGCACAGCGAGCGCGCGUUUAAUUAAAGAGGCAACUUCUGCGUAUCGACGAGUGUAAUUUUUCAAGUUAAUGUUAAUAUUCUGUAUCUUGAAGGGAGGAAAUAUCGGUGGUUUAAAAUCGAAGAGAACGAGAUUACGAGCGAACAAAUUAUUAUUAUUAUUAUUAUUAUUCAUAGACGUCCAUGAGAUGAAAAGAAGAAGAGAGGGAGAGGGGGAAAGGGAAAUUUUUGUACAAGACAAUCCUUCAUUAACGUGUUCAAUGGAGGGUCGAUCGCCAUUUUUCCGCUGUAAUAACGAAUAACAAAAGUCAAUUGUACAACAAACGAACCAGUUGAAAACUACCGAGCUAACUCGACGAUUCUCUUCGAUUUUAAACGACAAGUUUUCGAUUUUUUGGGCCAGGGCAACGUUGACCGUGCUGUUGGCUGUUUAAAUCGUUGCACAUGUAUAUAUUACAUAUACGCAGGAGGAGUUAAGGAGAGGAAUAGUAUUUUUUAUCAAUUUAGCAUUUACAGAGUGUAUUUAGGAGAGAUAUCGAUUAUAUAUAUGUAUAUGUAUAUGUAUAUGUAUAUGUAUAUAUAUAUAUAUAUACCAAAGCAUCUCUCUCACUUCAAUGUUUUCGUAAGCAAGGAAGCUUUCAAGGGAGAAUGGAAGAACAAGACGAACAUAAUUAUUAUUCUAUAAUUAUUAAUCGAGCGAAACAAUUGCAUAAGUUACUGUAAAUGUCGAGUUAAUGUUUAAAACUAUUUAGAUAAGUGGAAGAAACGGCCGUAAAUUUGGGGUCUUCUUAAUCAUUUUUUUUUUUUUUUUGAGAAGGAAAAAAAAAGGAAAAAGAAAUUGUAUAAACUGUUUCAUGAUUCGUUAUUUAUCGGACUUUGCUCCACUGAAUCAUAAAGAUUCAGACCUCAAACUUACGCGUACGCACACACAUACACACGCAAACAAACAAACUUGUACACACAAGUACACUUGUACACACGUAUAGAGAAAAAGAGAGAAAAGAUGAAGAAACGGCUUGUACAAUACGCGCGAGAGUAUAUUUUAUAUUCGCACGCGCUGGUGCGCGCCAAUAUUUUUUGUAACAUAUUAAAGGGACAAAGAAAAAAAAAUCGAAUGGUGGUCGAUCAUGGAAAUAGUUCGUACGUAAAUUAAUACAUAAUAAUAACAACACGUCUUGGAACGAGGAAUGAGACGAGGGAUAGAAUAUCAUACUGCACAAAACAAAUUGCAACAGUGUUACAGAGUUGCUUCAGAGUCAAUAAUGGGUGCUGUUUUAAAGAAAGUCGUAUCGUGUCGUCGUUUUUUUAACGAGUGUCUAACUGUGCAUUGCGAUUCGAUAUGUAUUUUUGAAGAGGAACGAAAGAGCCCAUUAAAAAAGCCUUAUAUUAAUCACGGAUCGCGAUUUGUAUCGAGCAAUUCGUAGCUCUUUUCUUUCUCUCCUUUUUCGUCUCGAACUACGUUGGUUGGAAUAAAUUACGCAGAGAUUACGAGUCCAUUUGAAAGUAAAACUCUCGAAGAUACUUUUUAUAAGGGUGUCCGUUUCUCGAGAGCGAUUUCUUACAAAUUUUACUCUCAAAUGAGUCUCGUAUGUUGUUAAAUUGAAUCAUCGAUAACCCUGUCGAUGUUAAGACACGAAAGAAAGACGCGAGAUAAAAUUGUACAUUGAAUAUAUCGCGGAGAAUAACGUGUAACGAUUAUAGAAUUACGCAGGGCAUAAUAUAGUUAGCUAAGUUAGAAACAAUUUAAAGUAAGAGAAAUUAAUAAUAAUAAUAUUAAUAUUAAUAUUAAUAAUAUUAAUGAUAACAAUAAUAAUAAUAAAAAAAAAAGAAACAAAAAAGAAUCGUCCACGUUUAUCGAUUAAUUAAAAAAGUGUAUGUGUAAUCGCAGUAUUCUAUUUUGUGCGUGUAAUGAUUGCAAAUCAAGGUUGCAAACCUUCAUGAGAUACAUGGCACGGAUUACAGUGCCGCGGAUACCGUGUAAAUUGCGUUUAACUUAUUCAUCAAAGAAGAGCGUUACCGCUCGCUAAAUUUCCCUGAUAUAUUCGUUUUAUAUAUUCAAAAAUGAAACGCGAGAGGGAAAAGUGUCGAAAGUGUGUAUAAAGAUGAAAACAAGAGGAAAGAGAUGAGGAGAUGGGAGAAGAGAGUAAAUAGCGAGAUACGUAAUAUAUUAUAAUGUACAUGUAAAAAUUGUGUAUUCUCAUAUAAUAAUAGCUGUAAUAAUUUAAUAAAUCUUGUAUAUCGCAA